GCCCGCCAACCCCACGAUUUCGAUCUCGCGUUUCUUCCAGAGUCUUCUCGAUGACGCCCCAGCCGUUCUUGGCCUAACGCCUUGUACCAUCAUAGGGUACACACCUAUAUAGCACUUCCAGCUCCCGCUAUCUAUAUGUAAACCCGCCAUCGCCAACCCUUGCUUUCCAGCCAGCUAUCUACCUACCCACACCGCACCCAUCGAUUGAUUUGUCUACCUACCAACCUACCUACCACACUACGCCGUGAAUUGAACUUCCCCACAACACCCAGCAACACCCAGCAAAGCAACACGACCACCACGGACAAAAACAACGGAACAAUGGAUUGGCUCCCCGCCCCCGUCGCCGGCACGAAGCGGCCAGCGGAGUCUCCCGCGCCCACAGCUCCACUAGCAAAGCGGCUAAGCCUGCUAUCACUGCGUCCCCCGUCACCACCGAGCAAGCCACGGCGGCGCCGCCGGCGACAGCCCGAGCAAAACUCCACUCCCACUCCCACUCCCUUCGCACCAGCAACAUCACCAUCACACCAGCCAGCACAACGAGCACAAUCAUCAUCACCAACAAUGGAGCGGAUGGAGCGCAUGGACGUCGACAACGUGGUGUACAUCGACCACCUAUCGAGCUCCGACUACUCCUCAUCCUCAUCCUCAUCCGACGACGAAGGCGACGGCGACGGCAACAGUAGGAGGAAGAAACUCACGUUCAUACCCGACAUCGAGCGGGAGAUGACGCGGAUUCCGGAUUACAUACUGAAUCCGGGCGGGAGUGGGGCGAGGGGGGGUGGGGGUGAGGGCAUGGGCGUGGGCGCGGAGACUGCGGCGAAGGGAAUGGAGCUCGUGCUGUACAGGGAUGUGCCUGACAGCCUGAGCACUGAGGAUGAGGGCGGGGGCGCGGCGGUGAGGCGGGCGAUCCUGGAGAGUAAGCGUAGGUGGAGGGAGGAGGGGGCGAGACGUGCGGCGGCUGCGGCGAGUAUGGGCGCGAAUGGGUUCGCGGUCAAUGCCGGCGGCCAGCAGCAGCAGCAGGCGGUGCAGAUCAAUGGGUACACUGGACAGGCGCAGGCGAAUGGGUAUGUCGGGGAGCCGGCGAUGGGGCCGGGCCCGGGGGGCUAUGGAUACGAUUAUGAUCCUGAUGCAAUGGAAAUUGAACUAUGA